GCAUCCUCGCUUCCUGCUUUAGCUACAGCAACAUCAUCAUCACGUCUGGAAUUGUAGGCUUUACCAGCAGGAUUAGGUUUUUUGGAAAUCUUGCAUGCUGUCCUACAUUGCUGAUCUAUCAGUACUUUAACAGUUUUUUUCCUCAACACUCAAUGGAAUAAGUGAUUUUUAACAGUUUUUUAAGUUAUCAGCAGCCUGGUACUUGAGAAUGUGUUCAGUGUAUACCGAAUACAUAGAUUUUUUUUUUGUAUGCACUUGUUGACUAAAACAGUGGCUUUCUAGCCUGAUUUAUGAGCAAUGUUAUGGUCUCCAAAAUUCUCCCUCUCAAACAUCCACGUGCGUCUGACAGCAAAGGGUUUACUCCGAAACAUUCAGCUGCUGUCUGGAUGCAGGAAAACUUCACUGGUUUUUCAAGCAGUAGACAAGAACAAAGCAAAAGCCAGUUGCCGCCAGCAACCACCUCUGCAGCAAGUGGAAACAUCCCAAUCAAAGCGGAAUACUGGACGCCCUGAUGUGGUACCGCCGAUUCUCCCACAGGGUGACACUAAGGAUCAGAGAAUCCAACAUCUCAGAGAACUACUUGCAGCCUCUACCUGCAGAUUUGAGGCAGUUACUGUUGUCUUGCAGAAAACGCUGGCAGAGCGUGAUGAAUCCAUGGGGCGGUGCAAAGAACUGUCUGAGGAACUGGUCAGUCUCCGAGGAGAGCUGGUGUCCUCUGUCAAAUCCUCUGAACAAUUGGAGAAGGAGAAGCAGGACUUGCAGAAUGCUCUGGACAACACAAUGCAGAGACUGCAGAAGCAGCACCAGAAGGACCUGGAAGACAUGGAGCACCGACUGCAGGUCUUCUACCAGGUUGAGUGUGACAAGAACCACCUCAGCUAUCAAGAGGAGGCAAACAAGUGCAGAGCUCUGCUACAGCAACAGAUGGAAGCACUUGAAGUCAGCCAUAAGUCCAUGAAGGUGGAGUUAGAGAAAGGCCAUGUAGAACAGCUGCAGUGUGUUGAGCAACAACAUGAGCAGUCACUACAAGAACUCGGAAAUAUCCACAAUCAGCAGCUGGAGUCUUUAGAAGCAAGUUUAAAAGACGCAGAAGCUGCUCUGUCUGCACGGAUAGAAGUGCUGACUCAGGAGAAUGCUGCCAUGAUAGAGAAGCUAACAGCAGAGGAGAACAAGAGGAUAGAGCUUGUUGAGAGUCAGAAGGACUCGCACACUGUGUACCUAGAGCAGGAGCUGGAAAGCCUGAAGGUGGUGCUGGAUAUCAAAAACAAACAACUACACCAGCAGGAGAAGAAGAUGAUGGAAAUUGACAAACUUAUGGAGAAAAACGUGAAGUUGGAUGAAAGCCUUAAGCUGGUCCAGCAGGAGAACGAGGACCUCAAAGCUCGCAUGGAGAAGCAUACUGCAAUUUCAAGGCAGCUGUCCACAGAGCGGGCCGUGCUGCAGCAAUUCCUCCAGAAGGAGUCCAAAGUGAACAAGCGUUUGUCCAUGGAGAAUGAAGAGCUGCUGUGGAAGCUCCACAACGGAGAUGUGAGCAGCCCUAACAAGAUGUCCCCCACUUCUACAUCUCCUUCCCACUCCUUCAGCUUCCCGUCACCCCGCAGCCCUGACGCCUGUUCAUCCCCGCCUUUCUCGCCCAGAUAACGGCGGCCUCUUGCUUCCAGGAAGAAAACGCUUUUUGAAUUUGCCCCUCUUGGCACUUCAGCGGUCUUCUUCAGAUGCCCCCCGCCCACAGAGACACUGACUUUAAAAAAAAUGAUGCACACGCACUUAAUAAGAAUGGCCACAAUGUUCUCUGGCUGUCACGUCUAUUGAGUGAAAGGAAUCUCAGGACUUGUUAUGGAACACUAUUUUUCUUUCUCGAGUUGUAACCACUGGUGGCUUGUACUCACACACUGCAUGUGUAGGAACCCCGCAGCGUUUCACGGUUUUGUGCACGAGUGACCCUCUAAAUGUUUGUGCUUCCAUGUAUGAAUGUUAGUUGUGGCAGGUGCAGAAUCUCUUUUAGAAUCUGCUGCCUCCAACUUUGUGGCCUUCCCCUUUUUUUUGUUUUUUCAAGGGACCAAUCCAAAGUCUGGGUAAAGUCCACCGUGCUGACCCCCAAAACCCCAACACAGCUUUAAAGUCAGGGUCUAUCGGCAGGAAGGACUUUGCUACACCCUUAAAAUCGAAUUUGUGUGGAAAUACUAUUAUUGGUGUGUCACUCUUUUUGAAAUAUGCAAUUAAUAAAUUUGUUUUAAACUUG